GUUUAGCCACGAUCGGCGCGUCAGAGGCCGCCUAUCUCUGUUAUAACUUAAUAACUGACACGAAAGCAGUAUAUUCCGUUAAAUGGAAAGUAUGCCUACAUCUUUUUAGAUUUUCGACCGUCAUUCCGGAUGUAAAUUAAAAAAAGACGUGUAUCAAGUCAUGUCUCAUGUGGGGCCUCGUGAAAAAAUUUUAUGAAUAAUAAUAGUAUGGCUGAUCUGUUCCUGAAAAUAAAUUUUAAAGUUCAGAUUUUCGCAUGUCAAGUUUGACUUUGGCCAUUGUUUAUUAUGAAUGCUGCAGGAAAUACCUUAAAAAAUUAUCCUCGAAUUUUCAGUAUUUUUGCUAAUAACCGUUGUCCUUUUGAAAUAACAACUCUUGUACAAAAAAAAAACACAAGAUGAAAAUGACGCGUGACGCACAAGAUGAACAUUUUUUCGCGAGUCGUGGAACUUUUUCUUUUAAAAUUUAUUUAUAUUCACGUUUCAGGUAUUUUUCGAUAAAAACUUUGUCUUAUUGUUAGAAAUUCGAAGACUGUUUCUUAAUUGAUACCGUCGUUUGAUGAUGUAUCAUUGUCAGAUUUCAAAUAAAAUCAGCCCUCAGUUUAUUCGCUUCAAUGGAGUUUGCGCAAGUAAAAACAUUCUGUAUAUCAGUAUGGACUGCUUGUCAUUCGUAAGCAGACUACGUGCAGUCUUCGCAUAUUUCUGUAGCGUGCAACUCCUGUCAACCCGCCAUAUCCAGCAUUUGAUUUUACAAUUUUAAAUUAACGACAGUACUUGGCGAAAAAAAGCUGUUAUUAUUUUACAAAGUUCGAAUUUCACAGCUAUCAUAUACAAUGAGUCAGAGUAGCAAAAAACCGAAAGUUGUUGUUUUUGAUCUAGAUUAUACUUUAUGGCCAUUUUGGGUAGAUACACAUGUUACACCACCUUUUAAAAAAACAUCAAAUAAAAUUGUUGACACCCAGGGGCAAACAGUCAAACAUUACCCUGAUUCGCCAGGUAUAUUAAAAAAAUUACAUGAGGAUGGUUAUGAAAUUGGAAUUGCCUCUAGGACAUCAGAAACUAAGGGGGCCAACCAAUUGCUUGAAUUAUUUGGAUGGAACAAGUAUAUAAAAUAUAAAGAAAUUUACCCAGGAACUAAAACAACUCAUUUUUCAAAAAUCAAGAAAGCUUCAGGAGUUGAUUACAAAGACAUGAUAUUCUUUGAUGAUGAACAGAGAAAUAUCACAGAUCUCACGAAAUUAGGUGUUUUAUCAAUCCUAGUUCGUGAUGGAGUUACACAUAAAGUGAUACAAGAUGCCCUCACACAAUUUGCUAGUUGAUAAUAACUGACUACAAAAUUAGCUAAUUAUGUAUAUUAUUUUACUGUAAAUAAAAAUAUUAAUAAUCUUUUUUUAACAAAUAGUAACAAAUAAAAAAAUCAU